CUUGCCUUGGCCCUGCAAUGGGGUGCAGGAGGACGUACGGUCUUUCCGAAGAGUUUCAUGCGCUCCGAGACCUGCAAAGUCAUAGCCGGCCCUUCAUCGCUAUGCGGAGAUGGCACCGACCUAGUCAAGCAUCGACUGAGCCCUACCUGCAGAAAUAACGGCAGCAGUUCGAAUUCGGGCUCGAAGCCAAACUCAUAAUGGCGCACCAAUCCUCCCAGUGCAAGGCGCUUAAUCCGCCUCUCCGCUUUGCGCCCGUAGCAUUUACCGCCCAACCUCCCCAUGCGGCGCUGCAGCCUCCGCCGUCGCCACAACCGCCAUCAUCCUCUUCGGCGUCGGAGCCAUCGUCGAGCGACGCACGCGACGGUGCAGUGCGUUUUACAAGAGGCUCCAGCGUAGCAUCCUCCGCCGCUGAAGCUGUGUACCGCGGCUCCCACCCACGGCCGCGCCACCUGGCUUUCCUGCGGCAGCUCGGCCUGCGGACCAUCCUCAGCCUGACGCCCAAAUCGCUCGUCAAGUACGCCGAUGAUGCCGAGGAUGAAGGCGGUAGGGUCGUGCUGGACUGGUGCAAAGAGCAUCAUGUUCGGAUCGUACAUAUCAAGUGCGAAAAGGUCAAGGAGGUUGAGACGAUUGGUAUUUCCCAGGCUAGCGCGCUCGAAGCUCUCAGGGUCAUUCUCUGCCGCGAGAACCAACCGCUCUACGUACAUGACCUAGAUGGACAAUCCAUAUUGCCGCUCCUGCUCGCCAUAUUGCGCAAAGUACAAGGAUUGUUCAUGCCUUCCAUCCAUGCCGAACUGCUGCGGACGUUACGCGAGAUACCGUCAGAAGGUAUACCAAAGUCAGUCACCGAUUUCGUUCGGCAUUUCGGCGACACACCAAUUGAAGUAUCUACCACCAUCGCCUCUUCCGAAGCUCCAAACAUCGCGAAGAAUGGCAACGUCAGCUCAAGUGCAAGUUCCGGUGGUGGCCCAUCUUUGGGCGGAAGCAAGACCGUCCACGUGCGCUUGCCGCGUCGAAGCCAGCUGCCGAGUUGGCUCUGGGCGAGCACCUUACCGCUCUCGUCUACUUCUAAAGCAUUCAAGGAGCUGCAAAAGAAUGGACAGGCGGUCACGCUGAAUGCGCUUCUUGAUCCGUGGGCUUGGCAUAAUCUCGAAAAAGAGUUUCUCGCCUGGUGGAACCGCGAGCAAGAACGGGAGCGCAGGCCUCUGCAGAGUACUGACGCGCACAACGAGUCGACCAAUAGGGCCAGUGCUACUGCCGAUAGCGUCUUAUCCUCUUCAUCGACAGGAAUGCCGCUUAUGCCUGCAACGGCCACAGACAUGCUUGGCAGCGUUUCCUCGACACGUUCGUCCUCCCCGGCCAUGAAUUUCCAACCCACCUCCUCCACCUCAUCGACUCCGACCAUCAUAGCAGCUACCGCGCUGAAAUGGUCCCACGCGGACGUAUGUCGAUUCAUCAGCCAUGCCACUGCGAGAGGGGCCUUGCAGCUUCCAGUCGCGCACCCAUAUUUCCACCAGAGGCUGGGAUUCGAUCUCGAGCCGCAAGAUUGGUAUGUCGAGCAUCCGCCACAUCCAUCGCACCCGCUCUCGGUACAUCAUGCUCUGCAUUACCAUCAUAGCGGGCAUGGACAUGGACAUCACCAGCAUCAUCACCGCCCUCAUCACAACCAUCAUCGCCAUCACCGGGAGAGGGAACGUGGUCUCAGAAGCAGCAAGGGCAACGGCAUCAAACGCGCCAGUUCACACUCGAAUCUGUCACGGGGCAUGAUGGCUGGACUGCCUAACACGGGUUCAAGUCUGAACAGCAACAGCAGCACAAGUACAAGCACGUCCACGAAUCGCUCGCGCUCCCGGCGUAUGAGUCUGUAUGAUAGCAUCAUCUCUCAUCACGGCGUCGACAGCAGCGGCAGUAGUAGUAGUAGUAGCAGCAGCAACAACAGAGGUGCGCACGUCGAACACCAGGACUUGUUCUCGCCCUUGCAUUCUCAUCCGGCGAAUCAGUCGCACCCGCACUCGCGUUACGCAAGUGGGAGCACCAGCAUGAGUCGCAGCAGCACUGUAACCAGCAGCUCCAGGGGAAGGGGCAGUGGCAGCGGCAGCAGCAGCAGCACCCCCAGCUACACCUUCAGCGGCCAUGCCGACACAGCAGAGCUGCUCAGUGCUCCGCAUACACCUACCUUUGCAUCGAUGCACUUCGCAUACGGUGACGCUUCUUCUUCUGCUGCUGCUGCAAGUAACCGAAGCUGUGACUGCGCGUCGCCAGAUCAUGCGCCGAAGUACGCGAAGGCCUGUGGUGGUGCACGCGGUGGGACGCGCACCCCACAAUGCCAUUUGCGAGGAAGCAGUGGGCUGCAGCACCAUAUCCACGCCAGCGGCAGCAGCAGCAGCGCAUCGAGCAGCGUUGGCGAAUCGCUCUCUCCCGCAAUGACGGACCAACAAUCUGCUCCUGUCGGCUUGGGGCUUGCCUUCGGACGCUCUGCAGCGGCUGCUGCCGUUGAUAGCACUUCUGCCUAUUCCGACGAGCAGCACAUGCCGCAAGACGAAGUGGCGCAUUCGAAGAUGUUAGCUGAAAGGCUGCAGAUGCUCUCCGUGCAAGCGCAAGUGCAGGGUGAGGCGACAUCUGCAGCGUCAUCGUCUAUUGCUCUUGCGUCUUCGGCUAGCGGCACAACAGCUUCGCUGGAUACCCACGGGCCAGGUGCAAGACUGAUAUCCCCUACAAGCAUGCUUCCGCAACAGGCACGACGUCUGCAUCACGUUGUCGUACUCGACGAUGAGAUGGACGCUGCAGAGCAUUCCACCCCAAAGGCCAAGCCUACAUCGUCUGCCUCGGGCAAGGACGAGAGGACCUGUUCAACACUCUUUUCUGAUCCGGGAAAUCAAGUCAGAAACGAAAGCGACCAUAGCAGUGGUGGCUUCAGCGAUGGCAGGCAAGAUGUCGGCGACGUCGCGCCAUGCGAGCCAGCCUCGCCGCACAGAAACGCCGGAACGUCUAAUGUGAUCGGCGAAGAGGCGUUGCUCUCUAGUCAGCUGCUUUCCAGACGUCUGAUCGACUUACCCGCCUCUUCCUCGGCCUCGCGAGCCGACUUGACAAUCGGCAGCAAGCUGAUGCUGUGUGAAGAUCAAGCUACGCCCACCCGCGCGGGGAACGUCGCCGGCUUCAUCCGUAGCACUGACCCUGGUCAGGUGGCUGAUGCACUUGUCGCCAGCCCCGUUGGAGCCACCUUGUCAUCGCAGCCAUCGCCUGCGCGACCAGGCGCGCUCGUCAACAAAACGGACUUGAAAUAUCGCGAGUUCUCUGCACCCGCUCUGAACGUACUCGAUAGCAGCCGCGCGGAUGCGAAGGGGCAAGACAGACAGCGUCAAUGGCUGCGAAUCGAGGGGAUAUCGCACGAGGGUGCGCGGGCGAUGCAGCACGGCGGCAUCAUCAACUCGCCGACGAGUUACCUGCCACCGCCCGAGGCGCGCCAAACAGCGCAACUGGGCGCAGGCCUCGAGGUCGAGCCUGAUGCUGAAGCUGAGACGGAGAUGGAGACGGAGAUGGAGAUGGAGACGGAGACGGAGCAGGAAGAGGCAGAGGAGGAAGAGGAGACGCUUGCCGAGGAGGAGGACGAGCUGGAAGAAGAAGAUGACGACGAUGACGACGAGCACGGGUCAAGAGAUAAUUUGGCGCUCGAAGCCCUGGACCUUGAAGGCUACUGAGUGUGUUUAAGCUCCGCUGCGCGUAUGUUGUCCUCGAGAAUUGCACAGUUGUAUUCCAAUGAACC